AAAGGGGAGGGUAAUAGGGUAAGCUUCUAGUGGGAUGAUUGGGAGGGGAGAGGGGUGUCUUGCUAACAAAUUCCCUAGAUUGUAUACUUUAUCAAUAGGAAAGGAGAGUACGUGCAAUCAAAUGGGCAAAAACAUAAAUGGAUCAUGGGAGUGGAAUCUAGUAUGGAGGAGAAAAUUGUUCGAUUGGGAAGCUGAAGAGGCCAAACAACUCCAAAGGAUGAUAGCGGACGUGAAGAUUUCACAAGGAAAGCCUGAUGCGUGGGAGUGGGUUCACGACAAGGAUGGGCAUUAUUCAACAAAGACGGCUUACUCAUUGUUGACACAAGAGCAAAGAGGAUCAAGGGGAACUGAAAUCUUCAGAAGAAUAUGGAACCCUCUAUUUCCAAGCAAAGUUUCAGCAUUCAAUUGGCAACUGGUGCUAGACAGAAUUCCAACAAGGAUGAAUUUGUUAAGAAGAGGGAUUACUAAGGACAUGGAGGAAGGAAGGUGCGCUAUAUGCGGAGAAGCUGAUGAGAAUGCUGGGCAUCUAUUUUUAAAUUGCAAGUGUGCUCGUUGGAUAUGGAAAGCUUGUGCUAAAUGGUGGGGAGCUAAGAUAUCAUUCGGAACAGAUUGCUGGAACACUUUUCAAAAUUUUGGAGCAUGGACCAAGAAUAAACACACUAUAGAAGGAUGGGACUGUAUAUGGAAUACUGUUAUUUGGUCCAUAUGGUUGUCUCGAAACCAAAAAAUAUUUCAGGAUAAAGAGAUAAACCUGAGGAAACUAUUUGAACUCAUCCAACUAAGAUCCUUCCUAUGGAUUAAAGCAACAAAUGACAGGUAUGCCUUCAGUUUAACUGAUUGGCUAAUUAAUCCUAUUGUUUGUUUGAAAGUCACAAAUGGUGCAGGAAGACUUCAUUGAAAAUUUAACUGACUGUAGUAUUGUUCUUGAUCUAUGGGGUUAUUUAAGUUGUAAUCAAUGCAUGCUCAAUGACUUUGUGUGCCAGCGGGUUUGACAAAUGGGAAGGUUUUGUGGAUCUGAAUAGUGAUUUUUGAAGAAACUGCAAAAGUGGAC